CACAUCCAAUCAGACGCCUCACACAAUCAGGGCUCGUGACAGUUAUGAGCCCGGUUCGCGAUAAUUCCACUGAAAAGACGGCAACAACGCGAUCCACAUCGAGUCAGACCCUUGAACGACCGAUAUCAAUCGUUGUUCAGAUAGAAUACGUCGUGACGCGGUCCAAAUCGAUCGAUUAAGUCCAUUCCGGCCGAUCCGAAUAUGACGUCAAAAGACCAGAAAGUGAUGUUGACUGGAAAGGAAAAUUGGGAUGCGUGGAUUCAAUCCAUGUCAGCCAAGAUUCCAAGGAAGAUAUGGUCCUACAUGCAUCCUGAUCACCCUAUUGGGGAACUCUUGCAAGAACCAAGAGAGCCUCAGUAUGGCGACUUCAACGCUACUGCCACAGACUAUACCCAGCUAUCACAGCCGCAGCAGCGGUCGUUUGAUGCUGUGUUUAGGCAGUGGGAAGUCAGGAAGCGGGACUUUGGAAAGCAGGAGACAGAGAUUAAUAUGGUAUACGAUACCAUCCUGGAGGCAGUUUCGACCAAGUACAGGCAACCGCUCGACAGAAAAGACACACUGCGAGAGUGGAUGCAGCUGCUCAAGAGCUCUGCUGCCCCAUCAGAAGGCUUCAUGAUGGCUAAGGUGAAAGACGAAUAUAUUGUCGUGAUGAAAGGCUUCAAGAAUCAGAAAGCCUUCCCACAAUGGCUUGAGUCGUGGGAAUCGAUGAUGAUCAAGGCAAAGAAGUAUCACCUAGCAGAGACUGAGACCGGUCAAUGGCUUCGAGAGUUCGCUGACCUAAUUGAACCAAUCCAUCAAAGCUAUGCAACAGCUUUUGCGGAGGGGGCCAAGACUCUAGAUGCCGAAGCAGUUCUUCAGAGAAGACGCCUACAAGACGCGCUCGCCUACCAGGCUGCCCAGGCAGAAGCGGCUGAGCAGCGACGACUCCAGGCAAGCAGUGGGAGUGAAACCUUAGAACCAGAUUCCCAAUCUAGACCAGGAGGCAUUGACCUGAUUGCACCGGCCAUACAGCGACCUGAUCCCAAUGGCUCAAAGGUUUGGACACCUCAAGAGGUUGCCUCAACAAUGCGUGAAUGGGCAUCCCGCAACAGGCCCACGAGUGGUAACACCGUGAGGGGCGGGGCGUUUCACGCAGAGGGAGGCAACGAGGAGAGCGACCACACACUUACGUGCCCAGCCUGCGGUAUGAGAGGGCAUGACCUACCUGACUGUUGGUGUGUGUUCGAAGAUAAGAGACCGGAGGGCAUGCCUCGCAACGAUCGUCGUAUGCGAAAGGCUAAGAAGGCGCUGGAGGAUGACCACGAGCUGCAGAGAAGGGUUGAUGCUUUACGAGAACAGAAAGGGAACUGA